GUGGCCUGGGGCUAUUGUGCGCCGCUGGGCUGCGUGCGCGCUCCCUACCUUUUCCCCUCCAAGAAGCAGCAAAGGGAGAAAAAGGGGUUUUAGUUCUCUCCCAUCGAUCUGAAUAAAACCUCCUCUUCAUCGUCUUCUUUCUUCGAUUCGCUUUGGUCCUCUCUGCAAUUAUGUUCAAGAAGUUCUCCUCAGAAGAUGUAUCUGCACAAAAUCAAGUGAAGGCAUCUGUACAACGUAAAAUACGGCAAAGUAUUGCAGAAGAGUAUCCAGGGUUAGAGCCGGUGCUGGAUGAUUUGCUUCCCAAGAAGUCUCCACUCAUUGUCGCCAAAUGCCAAAACCAUCUGAAUUUGGUUCUGGUGAACAAUGUGCCUCUGUUUUUCAACAUCCGUGAUGGUCCUUACAUGCCAACCCUACGACUUCUGCAUCAAUAUCCAAACAUAAUGAAGAAAUUACAAGUAGACAGGGGUGCAAUAAGAUUUGUUCUUGCUGGUGCAAACAUUAUGUGUCCUGGCCUUACCUCUCCUGGAGGUGCUUUGGAUGAUGAAGUUGGUGCAGAGACUCCUGUGGCAAUUCUGGCUGAAGGCAAGCAACAUGCUCUUGCGAUAGGCUUUACAAAAAUGUCAGCUAAAGACAUACGGGCUAGUAACAAGGGCAUUGGGGUGGAUAACAUGCAUUAUCUUAAUGAUGGUCUUUGGAAGAUGGAGCGUUUAGAUUGAUGAUGAAGCUUUGGAGUAUUCAUUCCAGAGGAUAGUGUUAAUUCAUAACUUAAAGACUUUGCAAAGGGCCUUAUUUAUACUUUCUUUCCGUUUUUGCUGUUCAAUUACGAGUCGAGGUGACGUGUUUCUCCAUUAGGCUGGUUCUUUUCUUCAUUGCAUGAAGUUUAUGGUCGGGUCUGCUGUACAGAUGCAUCCCUCGUUAACCAUCACGGAUUUGGCAUUGAAUUCUGAUACGAGUUGAUGGGUAGCAUUCGACUAUCAAAGCACGAUGGUGGAAUCCAACUUUUACAGAUUCUAGGACAGAUCCGGUUGUGGUUCUCUUUGAAACGGAUGAGGGAGUCUGUAGAAUGGAGUUCUCAUGUUCUAUCCAGGAUCCAUUUCAAACUGGUUCAAA